AUGCAGUUCUCCGCCGUCAUCCUCCUUGGCCUUGCCAGCGCCGUCUCCGCCAGACCUUUCAACUGGUUCGACAUGUUCAACUUCUCGAGCAGCACUGAUCUGCCAUUGCCAACUGCCACCGGUGUCCCAACCGGAACUGGCACCACCUUCACUGUCAUUCCUACUGGAACCGGCACUGGCGUCCCUACGCCUACUGGAACUGGUACUGGCGUCCCUAUGCCUACCGGCACCGGCACUGGAAUCCCAAUCCCAACCGGAACUGGCACUCUGCCUUACCCAACCGGCACUGUCACCGACACCGUCGCUCCAUCCGGCACCUACCACUUCCCAACCGCCAUCCCAACUCCUUACAUCUAA